AAUAAACGAGCGCGAGGCAGAAGGCACAAACUAGCUGUCGUGUAUGUGCAAACGUUACCAAGGCGAAAUUCUCAUUUACUUCUGUACCUAAACGUAACCAAAGCGAGUCUAUAGCCAAGCAUCGAAAAACCUUGUGUAACCGAACGUGCGGACUUUUCCACCAUUUUCUCGAGCUGACAACUGCGGGGAGGAACGCCACGAGGCAAGUUUUCUCUUUUUACUUGUUCACUAGGAAAAACGCUUGCUUGGAAUAUAUUAAGCAAAGAUAAGCAAUUUGGGAAACAUGGUCAAAGAGACGACUUUCUAUGACAUCCUUGGUGUCAAGCCAGGGUGUACACAAGAUGAUUUAAAGAAAGCCUAUAGGAAACUUGCCCUAAAAUACCAUCCAGACAAAAAUCCUAAUGAAGGUGAAAAGUUUAAACAAAUCUCACAAGCCUAUGAGGUCCUGUCUAACCCAGAAAAAAAGAAAAUCUAUGACCAAGGUGGCGAACAGGCCCUUAAGGAAGGAGGCAUGGGCGGUACUAAUUUCUCGUCGCCAAUGGACCUCUUUGAUAUGUUCUUUGGUGGUGGCGGCAUGGGCGGCAUGCGUAAUGAAGGACGUCGAAAGCGAAAGGGUCAAGAUAUGAUUCAUCAACUCUCUGUCUCCCUUGAAGAGCUCUACAAGGGUACAGUGCGCAAGUUAGCACUGCAAAAGAGUGUUAUUUGCGAAAAGUGUGGUGGUCUCGGUGGUAAGAAAGACGCGAUUACUCAGUGCUCCACUUGUCACGGUAUGGGAUACCAAGUGCAAAUCCAUCAACUCGCUCCUGGUAUGGUGCAACAGAUGCGUACCAACUGCAGCGACUGCAAAGGCGAAGGUGAAUGUAUCAAGCCAAAAGAUCGAUGCAAACACUGUGCUGGCAAGAAGACUAUAAGAGAUAGGAAAAUAUUAGAAGUCCAUGUUGACAAGGGUAUGGUCGAUGGACAAAAAAUUGUAUUUGCCAAUGAGGGUGACCAAGAGCCUGACAGAGAGCCUGGUGACAUUGUAAUUCUGUUGGAUGAGAAAGAACACGAAGUUUUUAAACGAUCGGGCAACGAUCUCAUAAUGCAUAUGAAACUAGAGCUUGUCGAGGCUCUCUGUGGCUUCCAAAAGGUGAUCAAAACUCUUGAUGAGCGAGACUUGGUAGUGACAUCACUGCCAGGUAACAUUAUCAAACCUAAUGACUUGAAGUAUAUCGCUGACGAAGGCAUGCCACAGUACAAAAAUCCAUUCGAAAAAGGACGACUUAUCAUCCAAUUUAUCAUCAACUUUCCUACUGUUCUUGAUCCAAGCAUCAUCCCAACCUUGGCUUCAUGUUUACCACCAGCGCCAGAAGUUAUGAUACCAGACAAUGCUGAAGAAGUUGAGCUUCAUGCUUACGACCCAGAACAAGAUAGGUCCAGAGAUCGUCACUCGCGUCAAGCUUAUGAAGAAGAUGCAGAUGGUGGACCCUCGCGUGUACAGUGCGCCACGAAUUAAUGUGCCUGUCACUAUCACCUCUCUUAUGACUAUCUCCGAAAACAUGAACUCCUCUCUUUGUUGAACUAUGUGCAGUUACGAUGCUCGUGCUGACGAAUGUUGUCUUAGUUAUGAUACAAUGACGAUGGAAGGAUCGUGCUAGACGCUUAAAAACGCCCGAGUAGAAAAAUCACUGGAAAAUAUUUUGUUUUUCCUAUUUUACCAUCUUACUUUAUUUCGUCUAUUUUUUUUUAUUUUUUUUUAUUUAUUUAUUUUUUUCAAAUUAGCUUUUGAAAACUGACGAGUAUAAAAUUGUUUGUACGAAUGAUAGCUGCAAACAUACUUCUACGAUUUUUAAAGGGCUAGAAUCAAAUCUAAAUUUUUCAAUAACUUUUAAAAAACACACGUUGAUGCAUUAUCACAAAAAUUUAAGUUAAAAAUGACUUAACCAGGGAAUUUCUACUCGGGUUGAAUAGAGGGUUAUUUUUUAUCUCUGAUUGCGUUAAACUCAUGUAAACUUGAAACCCUCACAACUUUAAUUUGCAACAAAUAGAUUUUUUUGGUUAAUAACAAUGGUAUUUGGAACAAAUAUAUUAGAAAUUUUCCCAUUAAAAUUAACUUCUCUGAAAUAGUAGUGC